CACAGGCAACUUACCCAUCAAAAUAUCACCUUAAUUAUACCCACAAGCAAAACCUCUCAAAAACACAAACACUUUAAAAUGGUUAUUUCAGCCAACACAAGAGUUGAAAGCUUAGCAACAAGUGGAAUCAAUCAAAUCCCAAAAGAAUAUAUCCGGACACAAGAUGAACUAACAACCAUCACCAACAUUUUUGACGAAGAAAAAAAAGACCAAGGUCCUCAAGUUCCAAUUAUCGACUUACAUGACAUUAACUCAAACGACCCAAAAACACGAGAAAAGUGUAGUUAUGCACUUAGAAAAGCGGCCACAGAGUGGGGUGUCAUGCAUCUUGUGAACCACGGAAUCUCUAGUGACUUGAUUGACCGUGUUAAGGCUGCAGGCAAAAGUUUCUUUGAUCAGCCUGUUGAAGAGAAGGAGAAAUAUUGUAAUGAUAUUGCUUCAGGGAAGAUUCAAGGCUAUGGAAGUAAACUAGCUAACAAUGCUUGUGGGCAGCUUGAAUGGGAAGAUUACUUCUUCCAUCUUGCGUUUCCUAAGGAAAAACGCGAUUUGUCCAUUUGGCCAACGACACCUAGUGAUUAUAUCCCUGCAACCACUGAAUAUGCUAAACAACUAAGAGCACUUGCAACCAAGAUACUAGCAGCAUUAUCAUUAGGAUUAGGACUGGAGGAAGGAAGGCUAGAGAAAGAGGUAGGAGGGAUGGAGGAGCUACUAGUUCAGCUAAAGAUCAACUACUACCCAAAAUGCCCUCAACCCGAGCUGGCACUUGGUGUUGAAGCUCACACGGACGUGAGUGCACUCACGUUUAUCCUACACAACAUGGUUCCAGGGCUCCAACUCUUUUAUGGUGGAAAAUGGGUCACUGCAAAAUGUGUGCCAGACUCUAUCAUUAUGCAUAUUGGUGACACUAUUGAGAUUCUUAGUAAUGGCAAGUACAAGAGUAUUCUCCAUAGAGGGCUUGUGAAUAAGGAGAAGGUUAGAAUUUCUUGGGCUGUUUUCUGUGAACCGCCCAAGGACAAGAUCAUCCUGAAACCACUUCCUGAGACCGUUUCUGAGGACGAACCACCACUCUUUCCACCACGAACCUUCCAACAACAUAUGGAACACAAAUUGUUUAAGAAGAAUGAUGAUGCAGUCGACCCAAAAUGAUAGCCUAUAUUAUGUGUCACUAUUGUCAUUGCAUUUACAAGUGCCGACAUUGUUAUAUAUGUUUUCAUUUAUCAGUUAAUUUAGUAUGCUUAUAUAUGUAACCAUUUUGAAAUAAUGAUAUUAUUAAUAAGAAAGAGUACAUUUUAAUGAAA